GUCCCGAGAAUAAGUUGAGCCAACCUAUCAAGGGAAGCGAUCUGCGCGGUUCAAGAUUCGAGCUGACAUCAUCUCCCGCUUUUAGCAAUAUUUCGCGCUCAUGUUGCGCACAUCUUCCGUACAUCCUGCGAGUCGUUUGCAGGCUUGAGUGGCUUCUCAAAUCUGGGCACGACAGGUGGCUUGGGGAGAUUCAUGUACAUACAGAACUAUUCGUGGUACGGAUUCGAUGUUGGAAGAUGGGUUCUGCUCGAAACACGCAGACCGGGGACUCGGCGGGAGGACCCUGGGAGCGCAAAGGCUCCGAUGAUAGAUCGACUUAUCUCGUUGUUUCUGCUCAUGGAUCCCGGCGGCAUCCCGCCCGAGGUAUUCGUCACAGGAGCGCUCAUGGUUGGAGGUGAUGUUUGUGGGACAGGAGCUGUCCCGGUUCAUGUUUCAGGGCGGCGCCAGCAGCGAUGGAUGGGUCCACCCUCGAGCAGCAAGGGUCCGGAAAUCCCUGUUCCGUUACUGGGCCAGAAGCUUGCUCAAGGCUUGUGCGCCAAUAGCCCCACAACCUGGAAGUCCAGCCCCUGUUCGAUGGCCUCCCAUCUGCAUACGAGGAGACAGUGCGUGCAGCUCGCUCCCAGCCGACUUUUUUUCUUUUUCUUUUUUGGAAGCGUUUCUUUCAUCAUGUCUGAUCUAAUGUUGUUGGCUUCUGCUGUUGGCAUGAGUUCCGCAUGAUCAUCCUCUUGAAUUCUUGCAUAUUGAGCGCAG